AUGGACAGCCGAAAAGAGUCAGGCCGCACCGGCGGGAGCGGCCAUGCCACGCAGCUGCGCGUUCCUCGUAGCUACUUGGCUCAUCAAAGGGGAUGGACCCGCCUUCUGAGCUUGCUGGCAGCCUUUGCAUUCACGGGUUGCCUUGCGGGGCCUCUGGCGGGGACGAACUUCCCCUUCGAGCCAUGUAUUAAAACGGUCGGCAUGAGCCGUCUCACCGUUUCAUUGAAAAACACCAGUUGGAUUUCUCGCACGGGCGGCACUCGAGUGUGUUUCGUGUUCUCUGCGCUGCCGGCAGCGGACUGUUAUCCCGGGGGCUAUCGCUGCUGCAACACCGGUUUCAACAAGUUUAAGUUCUACGCAGAUCCCGCAUGUCGGCGAGCCAUCACAGAUAUCGCCUAUCAGACAAAUGUGGGUCGCGUUAUAUCGGUGUCCUCGGUGUAUUUCGAAGACGAUGGCGAUGCCGAUACUUUCAUCGGCAAGAUUACCACCCUGCCUUUCACACUUUCCAAUAUCGAUGGCGGUGUCCUUUGUUGGACGCUUGUGGAGCCGUGUCCCACACUGGCGCAGUUCACACACCCAGCCACGCGCGACCUGAACCUUUUCGAGAUUGCGCUGUACGACAAGAAGGUGGAUAACUAUGAGUCCGCCGCCCCGCAUCCCUCCGAGCCCCAGGUUCCCGCCACCAAGCCUGUUGUGAGAUUUACCCGGGAAGCUCGAGUGUACGGCAUCUUCUUGUUGCCCGGCAUCUCCUUUGACGACGCGCGUGCGCGUUGCGGCCGUGGCGGUGGUUUCCUGGUUUCUGUGAUGAACACUGCGGACUGGGUCGACGUCCAGACGGCCUUGACGGAGCCCAGCCUCUACGGCGAGUUUAGAGACCGUAUGAAUGCAUGGAUCGGAGUGGAUCCCACCGACACUUCUUCGUGGCUGGAUGGAGGGGCCAUUCGCUUCUGGCCCAACAACCAACCGCCUAGGGUGAGCGGUCUGUGUAUUACCGCGGCUUGUAACAGCACUAAUGGCCAGAGGCAGCCGAGGGCAUGCAGCUUGGAGCCGACUCCCUGCACCAGUCGGACGGUGCAGGGCUUCAUCUGCAAGACAUAUACUGCCGUAAUGAGCUACAUCCAAGCUGCCCCGUCGUACGGCAAGACGUAUGUGUACAGCAUGUACGACAUGUACAGUAGCGCUGCUAAUACAUACUGUCGCCGAUUGGGCGGCAGAAUGGUGUCGUACAACACCCCCGAUGAGUUCAAUAUGGUUUUGGAGCCCCUGAUCAAUGGAGCCGUUCGGGUCCAGAAAAGCGCCUUCGACAGCAACGGCCGCGUGACCGUGUGGCUGGGUUUCGCUGACCCUGCUGCGUCGCGGUGGGUGGACGGGACUCCAGUCACAUUCUCCAAGCUCAACACAACGGGUGCACCGGGCUGCUACAUCAUCCGAUGCCCUUACAGCCAAACGUCUACUGCUGGCGCAGCAGCUGCUGCUGCUGCCGGGGUGGUAUCUCCGCUGGACGCAUGCACUUGGGAGCUGCUACCGAGCUGCAUGCGACUGAACCUCUUCAUCUGCGAACUGCCCGGCGUGUUUGAGGGCAGUUCGGGAGCCACCUUCACUGUGUCGCCGUAG